AGAAACAAAACAAGAGUAGUCAACAGGAGUAGUCCCAAAUGUAUUGGUGUUUAUGAAAUGAAAAUCACGCGUGUUUCCAAGUCAGUCCAGCAGGAGGCAGUGAUGAGUCUCUCUUCAGUGCACCUGCCCACAAGAGAAGUGUGAUUAAGUGUAAAAUCUUGUCAUCGAAACUUAGUCUGUUAUUGAUGAACUUGUACAUUGGAGUGAGUCAGUGGGAAAUCGACUGACUGGAUUACUAUUUGAAUAUUUGCAGAAUCGUCAGUGAAGGUCGGGGAAACCAUCGGAUUUCUGAUCAGAACAGAUCUGCGGCUGCGUAAAAAGUGCGCAAUUUUCAACCGGAUUGUUGUGAUUGGGGAAUUCACCACUGAUCUCUGAAGACUGCGGGUUUGGAAUGAUUUAUUUGGCUGGAUUGAAGUGAAAUAUUGAGCUCAACAACGUAGUUCCUUUCGAUCAAACAGGGGUUUGUCGUGUCAGGUGUAGGAGGAAAAACAAACACGACUGUAGUAAUGAGAAGUAGGAAGAGAAGGUAGCGGAGCCAUGGAGAGGCGGACAGGGCCUGUAACGGGUGUGGAAAAGCCACCUUUAGCCCCUAAACCAAAGUUUGUUCCACUACAAAAAACAGUUCCCCAAGCACUUAACGUGGACUGUUCCCAACCACAAAUAAACACUGAGAAAUCAAAGCCAUGUCUUUCUAGACUACCUACACCAGAAUGGAAACCUGUUGCUAUUUUCACCAGUGAGUAUCAGUCAAAUUUUCAAAAACAAUUGGACAGCACCCAGGGUUUGCUGCAUUCCCAAAUUAAGUGCAAAUCUGAGAUCAAUUCAGGUCAAGCAUCAGCCAGCACUUCUCACAAUAUACGUGAGUUUUCAGGUGACCGACUGAAGCCAAUGCAAGUAAUCCAUGGCCAGAGCCAUGGGACUGUGAAAAACAAUCUGAAUCUUACAAAUGGUUCAGUGGGUUCUGAAAGAAAUGCAACCAGCAUACCUCAUGCUUCUCAUGAUUCUUCACCAACCAGAUUGCAACCCAAAUUCACAGAGUCUAACCAAGUCCUGUUAAACAACCGACAGCGUAGACACUCUGCUGAUGAACAGAAUGGCAAUUUGUCCUCUGUUCUGCUUCCUCUUCAAAAGGCCUCACCAAUCCCUGUGCAGAAUAAACUAAAAAGCAGCCAUGGUGGAGAACCAGAGAAGCCUGACAUCACCUCACAGAAGUCAGGAGGACAUGUUAAACGACAAUAUAAAGCUUUUACGGUGAAAGAGAAUACACUAGCUGCAUUUUACAAAGAAGAAAGAACUGUUACUCCCAGAAAACAGACUACACAUGAGAAGAAAUCCAGAAGUAGACUAGAAACCCCAAAUGACAAUGUGGAACUGCCGGGACAUUAUCCAUACUGGAAAGCCCUUUCAUCGCAACAAAAUACAGGCCAGGCUGUGCCUAAUAACACCACAUCAGAAAGCACACCAAAGAAAAAAUCUGGUACUACAUUGAAGCCUAAAGUGAAGUCUCUGACCCACGCAGACCUGCAUCAGUCAGAUGGCCAGAGGAAGUCAUCCUUCAAGAAGUUAAAGGAGUUUGAAUUCUCAGUGAAAAAGUUGUUCUCCAAGGGAGGACAAGGUCCAGAGACAACCACAGGUAGAGAUGAGCAAUCUGUGGACGAGGACUGGCAGGCUACCAGGAACCAAAACAGAAGCCAAAUUCAAAUACCACAGUACAGAACACACCAUGUCAAUACCCAGUAUGAUCAAUUUAGCAUCGAGCAUAGCGUGGAUGGAGAUGGUGUAUAUGAGCAUUUAUAUGAAGACAUGCCAGAUAAUAUAAACGUUUGUAUUCCAAAAAGCCCAGGAAUACAGACACAACCAAAACCCCCAAUUUGGCAGAGAAACUUCUACAAUAAAGAAGAAAGAAUGAGUGGAAAAACGCAAUUUCUUGGAGAAUUCAACACCAGAGUGAGACAGGACUAUAAUGAGAGCCAAGUAUAUGAUGAGAUCAUCUGCUCAGAUGAUGCAUUUGAAAGGGAAUUUGAAAGCAGCUCAGAAGAAGAAGACGAAGAUGAAAUAACAACCAGUCCAAUCAAAUGGAAGAAUCAGGACUCCAAGAGGACUAAGUUGUCUCACAUCGCUAAAGAGAUCGUGAGUUCGGAGAAAGUGUUUGUGGGUGUGUUGAAGCUUCUCCAUAUUAAUUUUCGGGAUGCUGUGAUGAAGGCCUCCUUGCAGGCUGGGAAGCCUGUGAUUGAUGAGAAGAACCUCAAUCAGAUCCUGUUUUCACUACCACAGCUCUAUGAGCUCAACCAGGAUUUACUGAGGGAGCUGGAGGAACGUAUGGCACACUGGAAUGAGCAUUCCGGCAUAGCAGAUAUCUUUUUAAAGAAAGGGCCAUACCUGAAAAUGUACUCUAGCUACAUCUACGAGUUUGACAAGAAUGUGGCUCUACUGGAGGAGCAGUGCAAGAAGAGCCCGGCUUUUGCAAAGGUCGUUCAGGAAUUUGAGAGCAGUCCAUGCUGUGCUAAUCUCGCCCUGAAACACUACAUGUUGAAGCCCAUUCAGAGACUCCCCCAGUAUCAGCUCCUUCUCACAGACUAUUUUGAGAAUCUUGAUGAAGACUCUCCAGAUUACAAAGAUGCACAAGCUACACUCAGUAUAGUAAAGGAAGUGGCAAACCAUGCCAAUGAAACCAUGAAGCGAGGGGAUAACUUCCAGAAACUGAUGCAAGUCCAGUGCAGCCUGAUUGGAUACCAUGAAAUUGUGAAGCCGGGCAGGGUCUUAUUGAAAGAGGGUAUCUUGCUGAAAUUAUCUAGGAAAGUUAUGCAACCUCGAAUGUUCUUCUUAUUCAAUGACGCACUGAUGAACAGUACACCCCUCCAGUCAGGCCAAUACAAGCUGAACAAUGAGCUCUCUUUGUCUGGAAUGAAGGUCAGUAAGCCAAGUCAAGAAGGAUAUCAGAAUGAGCUGAACCUCGAAAGUGUCGAACGUUCUUUUAUUCUGUCUGCCAGUUCUCCUGCAAGUCGAGACGAGUGGCUUGAGGCAAUUUCCAAUGCUAUUGAAGAUUACACCAAGAAAAUGACCACAUUUCUCCCCUCAAGCAAAGGUCCUGAAGAGGGAGACAGAGACAGCUUGGACAGUGCAGCCCAGCUCGGAACCAAGGCCCCUAUCUGGAUCCCGGACCUGCGGGCCACCAUGUGUAUGAUCUGCACCUGCGAGUUCACUCUGACCUGGAGGAGGCAUCACUGCAGAGCCUGUGGAAGGGUGGUAUGUCAGGCCUGCUCGGUCAAUAAGCAUCCUCUGGAGUAUCUGAAGAAUCGACCUGCACGUGUGUGUGAUCAGUGCUUUGAGAUUCUACAGCAUAACAGCUCAGGUAACCAGGCACUAGGUAGUGCUUUUAUUUCCCCAAAUUCCAAAUCGUUUCACUUUAGAAAGCAGAAGAAGAUCCCAGCAGCCCUGAAAGAGGUCUCAGCAAACACAGAUGGCUCAUCCAUGAGCGGUUAUCUGGACAGAAUGAAGUCCAAUAAGAGACAAUGGAAGAGGCUCUGGUUUGUCAUCAAGGAUAAAGUGCUGUACACUUAUGCUGCCAGUGAGGACGUAGCAGCUUUAGAAAGCCUGCCUCUCCUCGGCUUCUCUCUCACGGAAGACGAUCCGGUAUCAGCUCAGCAGUUUCAGCUUUACCACAAAGACAAGAUCUUCUACAUCUUUAGGACUGAGGACCCCCAUAUCUACAACAGGUGGGUCAAAGCUUUCUGUGAAGCCAUGGUUCUUUAGCCUCCACCACUGCUAACACUUACACGGAUCCAUCAAACUGUUCCAGUGGCAAAUCACAGACAUCACACUAAAUAUAUAUAUGUAUAUAUAAAUGGUAAAUGGUGCACUUAUAUAGCGCUUUUAUCCAAAGCACUUUACACUGUGUCUCAUUCACCCAUUCACACAC